AUGGACGUCAACGUCACCGGAACUUGGAACAUGGCAACUGAAGCGAUUCAAAGAAUGAUGACUCAAGAAAACAUCGAAGCGCCAGGCACCAUUCCGGGGUCAGUUCGCAGCGUAGGCCAAGGCUCUGUAGUCAACGUCGGAAGCGGUGCUUCUCUUCGUGGGGUAUCUGGGCUGGCGGCGUAUACUGCCUCAAAGCAUGCUGUUCUCGGCCUAACGCGUGCAUGGGCACGAGACUUCCCCAAGAUGCGUGUGAAUAUGGUUGCUCCUGGUGCAACUGAUACUCCUUUAGCCGAAGCUACUGUUGCUGGCGCUCCGAAGGAUGAUCCAAACGUCGUCGUUGGGAAAGCGCAAAUUGCGUCCAUACCAAAAGGCCGUAUGGCGUUUGCGACUGAUAUUGCGGACGCAAUCAUAUUUCUGUUGUCAGACUGGUCUAGCUUCAUUACUGGCCAGUGUUUGCCAGUCGCCAUUGUUACUGGUGCAGCUUCCGGCAUAGGAAAAGCUCUCGCGACGAACCUCAUUACCAAAGGAUGGCGCGUCGCAUGUUGCGAUCUGCAAAAAGACGCCGGCAACGCCGUCGCUAGCGAGCUUGGCGACCACGCUGUGUUUUACGAGCUGGAUGUUUGCGAUUACGACGCCCAGGCGAAAGUCUUCAGCCAAGUCUGGGAUAGAUGGGGUAGGCUCGACGCCUUGCUGGCUAAUGCAGGACAUUCAGAUCGCGGCUCGAUUUACAUUUUCGAUCACAGAGGCAAAGACGACAUAACGCCCAAGCCUGCUCUGAAGUCUAUCAAGGCAUGCUACGAGAGCUUUCUGUAUGGUGUUCAGCUUGCCAUCCACUUCAUGCGAAGAAAUGUAGUGCCUGGAGGACAGAUUAUUGCGACUUCAACCAUCGCGUCGGUUCAUCCGCAUCAAACGUUCCCUGAGUACUGCGGAGCCAAAGCCGCGAUCAACCAUUUUGUUCGAACAGCAGCGCCGCUUCUGAAACUGAAAGAGAACAUCGCCAUGAAUGCCGUGCUUCCGGGUAUUGUAAUAACAGGUGCCGUUCCGCAAGCAUCUAUCAACGCAACGAAGCCAGAGCAGUAA